CCGGUAACAACUGGUCACUGAUUCCUAGUAAAUGAACCAACUCUGUCAUUGGAGCAGGAGAACGGAAUAAUGAUAUCGCUCACCUUAUUAUUUUUUUUCUGUAUAUUUUCCACGUUUUCAGCUUCCAUUAAAGUACAUACCGCAGGCCCAAGGCUAAACAAUGACAAGGUAUAUAAAUAUGCAUAUACAACGGAAGUACUAAUGGAUAAACCAAGAGGAUCCCCUGAGGAUAGUGUGGGAUACAAGAUUUCAUCUGAUGUAGAAGUCAACUUGAUAUGGAGAAACCCUACCAACAAGGAUGACCAACUCAUCAAGAUUGCGAUGAAAAAUAUUAAAGUUGAAAAUAUAAACCUACGUCCACAAGGACCAAAUAUUUUUACCGAAACUAGCGCUGCACAAUUACUAGGAGAUACUAACCUGGCUAUCCUCCAGAGACCAAUGCUUGUGCAGUGGACUAAUGGAAAGGUGAAAACACUGUAUCUGUACCAGAAUGAACCCACACUCCUUACUAACAUCAAGAGAGGCUUGGCAAGCUUAUUCCAGAUCCAGCUCAGCCCUGGCACAGUCACUGAGGUUGAUGUUUCUGGAAAUUGUAAAGUUACCUACCAGACCAAGCAGAAUCAGGUUACCAAAAUCAAGGAACUUGCCAGCUGCAAGAUCUCCAAAACUGGGUUCACAAACUCCAACAAGGUCCUGGGCAUCUCUAAAAAAGAAACAUCUAGUACAGUUUACCGUAUCGACGAUGAUAAUCUAAAAUCUGCAUUGGCAGAAGAAAAUCAUGUUCUGAUGCUUAAUGUAUAUGAAACCAUUGCAGCAAAAGUUCUUUGUAGACAGAAACUAGAGUUAAAAUCCAGUGAAGCCGGACCUAAAGAAGUUGCCGGAAAGCAGCUGUCCAACGUGGUAAAGACGGUGGAUCCUAAAUAUGUAGCCACUCCUCUAGUGGCUGAUCAGGUGAAAUCGCAGUGUAAAGGCUGUCCCUUGCUGUUACAGCAAUGGAAGACUAUUCGUAAGGACCUGGAACCUGAAAAUCUUUCAAAAUCCAGUGCUGCUCGUAGCUUUUUAGAACUGAUUCAGAGUCUUCGAAGAGCCAGAAAGUCAGACAUCAUGGCGCUUCUCAAGUCAGAAAAAGAUGAUGUUCUUCCUCAGCUAAUCGAUGCUGUUACCUUUGCUCAAACGCCUGAUGCUCUAGAGGCACUCUUGGAGUAUUUGGACUUUGGGAAUGGAAGUAGACCUUUGUUACAAGAGAGGUUCUUAUAUGCCACUGGACUUGCCUCACAUCCAAAUGAAAGCAUGCUGCGAGCACUACUUGACAAAUACAAAGGAAAAAUAGCAAAUGUCGAGAUUAGAGAAACGGUGGUUAUAAUUAUUGGAGCCCUCAUCAAGAAACUUCACCAGGCUACAGGCUCAGAAUUACCGGCAGUUUUGGAAGCCAAGAAGUUAAUCUUGGAUGGUUUACAAAAGGCAGAAAAACCCUCUGAUGUUAAGAUAUAUCUUCUAGCCCUGAAAAAUGCCAAUCUGCCAGAAGGAAUUCCAUUCCUGUUGAAAUAUUCAGAAUCCGGGGAUGGUCCUGUCAGCAGCAUUGCUAUCAGUGCUCUUCAGAAAUAUCAUAUCUCCUUCAUCACUGAUGAGAUAAAAAAGGUCAUGAGCAGGAUCUACCACCAGAACUAUAAAAUACAUGAAAAGACAGUGAGAACAGCAGCAGCAGAUAUUAUACUGAACAGUCAGCCUACGUAUAUGGAGGUUAAAAAUCUGCUUCUUUCUAUUGGCGAGCUUCCACAAGAGAUGAACAAGUAUAUGCUUUCUGUGUUCCAAGAUAUUCUUCAAUUUGAGAUGCCAGCCAGUAAGCUCAUUCGGCAAGUGUUGAAGGAUAUGAAGGUGAAUAACUAUGAUCGCUUUUCAAAGCUUGGAUCCUCAUCUGCUUACUCAGGAUAUGUGACACGAGGCCCUGACUCAUCAGCAACGUACAGUCUUGAUAUACUAUACUCUGGAUCUGGCAUCCUCAGAAGAAGCAACAUGGAUACCUUAGUCUAUUCCAAAAACACUGAGCUGCAUGCCAUUCAGGUUGUGAUUGAAGCACAAGGUCUGGAGAGUUUAAUAGCUGCCACUGCUGAUGAGGGAGAAGAAGACCUGGAGUCCUUUGCUGGAAUGUCAGCCAUCUUGUUUGAUGUCCAGCUUCGGCCUGUAACCUUCUUCCAGGGAUACAGUGAUUUAAUGUCAAAAAUGUUCUCGGCAACUGGUGACCCAAUAAGUGUGGUGAAAGGGUUGGUUCUCCUAACAGAUCACUCUGAGACUAUUCAGCUGCAGUCUGGGCUGCAAGCCAGUGCAGAGUUCCAGGGCGGACUGGCCAUUGAUAUCUCUGGAGGGAUGGAUUUCAGCCUUUGGUACAGGGAAUCCAAAACCAGUGUUAAUAAUCGUGGGGCUAUAGUUAUUAUAGGAAACAUAACCCUAGACUCGGAAUUUGCUAAUGUUGGUAUGGAAACCCGCCUCGAAACAGAAUCAUCCUUCAACUUUAUUACAACUGUGAAGUUUUCAUCAUAUCCAUUUUUGGUUUGCAUGCAAAUGGAUAAAGGGACGUUUCCCUUCAGGCGAUACAUCACUAAGUAUGAGAAAUUGCCCUGUGGCAAGUCAUACGUAUCUCGAAAAGGAAAAGUACAAAGCAUGAUGGGUUCUGAGCUUCCUCUUCAUCAGGAGAACUCGAAUAUGUGCAGGGUAGUGUUUGGAGAGCAACAAGAUUCCACAGACAGCUGGUUUUAAAGAGUCAUAUCAUUGCAUUGCGCCAGUGAAUAUGAUUGGAGGGUUGUGUAUGUACUGUAUUUGUUUGGUGCAUGCAUAAAGUUUACAUAUUUACUAUUUAAAGUCAUUUGUAAAGUGUUAGGAAAUAAAUAAAUUGUAGUGGUUACUAAGUGCACUAAUAUUGUUAGAAAAAGGUCUGUAUUAUCCCUAAAAUGCAGAGGCUGCUCAGAUUAGUUGGCCCCUUAUAUAGGUAAGAAACCUGCUUUAUUCACUGGUCAGUACAUACUGAACAGAAAAACUAAUGUGUUACUACCUUGUGAAGCCAUCAUAAAAAUUUUAAAGAAUAUCAGAGCCUAUGAAGAAUAACUGAUAGCAUUAACAUGUGGGUUAAACUAUAAAGACAGAAGGAAGGUAUCAUAGAUGGGUUGGAAUUAGCCAUUCAAUGUGAGAAUUACAGUUAAUAUAUCUUAAUUUAAAGUCAUUAUCAAGAAUUACCAGGGCUGUCCAUCAAUGGAUUUCACUGGGCGUGUAGUGUCUUUUAAGAAAUCCUCCAUAGAUUAAGAUAGAUCAGGUGUGCACAACCUGCGUCCCAGGGGCUACAUGUAGCCUUCGAUUGUAUUCUUUGGACCCUUCAACCUUCUGUCAAGUCAAGUUAUGCUUGUUUGUGUCUAGUACCUGCUCACAUGUAUUUUUCGUGUCAAGAAAAGUGGAGAGGUGUGUAUCGUGGGGGCAGAGACAGUUGCACUAAUGGUGUAAUGGUGCAAAGUGUAGCCAUCUCUGGGACCACCAUAUAUUGGCAGAAUGGGGGCCCCCUGACUUCUGUGUGACACUCCAGAAAGGAGUAGAUAAGGGGUGGCCCUUCAUAAGUGCAGCUAUCUUCAUUGUAGAUUAUGUCAGUAAUAAAACACGUGACUGAUUCAGCAUCUCGCGUAAACUAAAAAGGAGAGAGCCACAUACUUGCCUACUCUCUUCCUAUCUGGAGUAUGUAUGAAACAGAGAAAAGAGGACCCUCUAUCUCCCAAUAGGUGGGAGUACUAGAAGUGCAACUGGCACAUAUCAGAUAUUUUUGGUAGCACCCUUAAGUAUUACUGUGGCCCUUGGACUUGGUUUAAUUUGACAUUGUGGCCCUCAGACCAGAAAAGUUUGGGCAUCCCUAAGAUAGAUAAAUAUAGAUUUACACAGUUACUGUAGGUGGUUUAAAAAUAUCCACUGAGCUCAGCGUUUUUUAUACCAACAAAAUCAAAUUGAUCGAGAGAGGAAAGUAAAAAAAAAAAUACUUAAAUGGAUUUUCCUAGAUUUCCUCUGGAUAAAUCAUCCGUAUCUGAUCAGUGGGGACCCUGCCAGGACACCCAGGACCCGGCAAUCAGAUGUUUGUGCCAUGGCCUUCUCGCAGCUUUGCCUAGGCCAUGUGACAUCACGGCCUCCCACCAAUCAGAUACUGAUGAUCUAUCCAUAGGACAGGUCAUCAGUUAAAAAAAUCUUUGAAAACCCCUUUAAUAGAAUAGAAUAAUUUGUCAUUGUCAUUGUUCGGAAAAACUCCGUCCUGACCUUCAGCUGGCAAUCAGACAUAUUCAGCAUACACAUGAAUAGGAAUGAGCCAUCCUAUUGAAAUGAAUGGUACGACUUGUAAUUACACCCGCUCACCUCUGCGCUGUCAACAGAGAGCAGGUAAACAAACAAGGGAAGGCAACACUCAUAUGGAGUAAAGCCUUCCCUUCAACCAGCUGAUCGGCGGGGGUGCCAGGUGUCAGCCCCCCACCGAUCUGGUAUUGAUGGCCAAUCCUGAGGAUAGGUCAUCAAUAUUAAAAUCCCAGAAAUACCCUUUAAACAAUUUCAGCAGUUUUUGUCCCACAGGGUUACAUUUCAGCCUAGCCAGGAGUCCAGUCAUGUUGCUUUUCUAAAAGCUACAGGUGAAACUCCAAAAAUUUGAAUACCAUGCAAAGUUCAUUUAUUUCAGUAAUGCAACUUAAAAGGUGAAACUAACAUAUGGAUAGACUCAUUACAUGCAAAGCGAGAUAUUC